CUCACAGAAGAAGACCUGGAGUUCCUUCGGCCAUUCGCACUGAAGGUCGAGUCGCACAUGCCUGGAGAGACAUUUGCCAAACUCCCGUUCGCAUUCCCACAGGCGAACCUCAAGACUUGGAAGGCUAUUCAAUCCCGGGCCGCCCAGCUCUCAGGAUUCCAGCCAGAACUCUACGACUGCUGUGUCAACUCCUGCAUUGCCUACACUGGUGUCUAUGACACUGAAAACCUCUGUCCGUUUUGUGAGGAAUCACGUUGGGAUGCCAGUGGACGUCGCGCUCGCAACCAGUUCGUCUACCUCCCCAUCAUCCCCCGCCUCAAGUCCCAGUUUGCCAACCGCGAGCGAGCCACGCAAAUGCAGUACUGCGCAUCUGAACACGUCCACGAACCCGGCACAAUCAAGGACGUCAUGGAUUCGACUGUCUAUCGUUCGCUUCUCGGGAAGACGGUGACCUUCCAGAACCGUGAUUUGCCGCACCGCUACUUCGAGGACAAUCGCGAUAUCGCACUCGGUCUCUCCACGGACGGCUUUGCCCCGUUCAAGCGGCGUACAAAAACC